AUGACUGCCGUUGCCAAGACGUGCCUCAAUGCUUACGGUGUUGCUGGUACUGUUUUAAAACGGUCACCUCUACUCCCAAAUAUAUGCUAUCCUCAGCUGAAACGGCGUGUUUCGUCGAAAACGCCAUUCGACAUCAAUGAUUCAGAUGACAAAUACAAGGAAUUAAACGACUAUUACAGGGAUUUGUUUACCAAUGAUAAUGUCAACACAACACUAGGUGCUACAUCCAAAAUAAACAUCAAAACUGAAAUAGAUCUACUUAAUGACGAACUGGCGAAUCUAACUGACACCGCGGUGCCACCGCAUAAAUUGCCCUUGAGGUCGGAAGACUUGCAAAGAGUAGUUGAAACCCCGGGGAGAUUUGUCAUCAAGAGCCGGUCGAACGACCCAUACUUUAAUUUGGCAUUAGAACACUAUAUCUUUAAGAACACCCCGUUGUUCGAACAAUCGAUUUUCUCAUCGCAGCGGUUAUUGUUCUAUGUGAACAACAAGUGUGCCGUUAUCGGGAAAAACCAAACCAUAUGGCAAGAACUCUAUUUGAACGAGCUGAAUAAAAGAGGAUACGAAGUCCUAAGGAGGCUGUCAGGAGGAGGUGCCGUUAUUCAUGACUUGGGCAAUGUGAACUACUCGUUUCUUACUUCUCGAGAAGAGUUUCGAACCACGUUUUUCAACCAGUUGAUUGUCCAGUGGUUGAAUAAACAGGGACACAUACAAGACUUUGAAUUGAAUGGCCGAGGUGAUAUCUUGUAUAAAAAAAUGAAAUGCGGCGGGAGUGCUUUCAAGAUAGCAAGAGGCAAAUCGUACCACCACGGCACGAUGCUUGUUAACUCUGAUAUCGAUAGCUUCCACGGUCUGCUAAAACCGAGUGGGCAAAAAGGAGUUAGGUGGGUCAGCCCUAGUGUCGAUAGUGUUCGAGCUGGCGUUACUAAUAUCCCACUUGGCUCAACGGAACAGUUCAUAGAUAUUUGCACGGAUGGGUUUCAAAAAUAUUUCAAAUCUGCAGACAGUAUACCGGUGUACUACUGUAAUGACACAGUUUCGACAAACUCAGAGAUAGAGAAAACAAGAGCACUGUUGAGAAGUGACAAAUGGAAGUACUGUAGUGGUCCUAAAUUCAAAGUGGAAUUGGAUUCAUCGCAUGAUGUGAUAGAAGUCGAAAAGGGGAUCGUUGUGUCAUCAACCAUCCCAAAUAUCAAAGGUAUGGAUUUUCAAAGGCUGAUUGACACUGGCUCCAAUGAGGCUCAACUGCAAUGUUUGAAGCCUCUCAUGUAA